AGUCGGGGAGUGAAACUUCUAAAAUAACCCACGCCGAAGAGGAAUGGAAAUGCAAUGGAAAUGUUGGAAAAGUCAAGGGAAAAGUCGCAGACAAGUGAUGUGUGUUUUUGAAAACACCAGUCAAGCCGGCCUUGGUCAAGUCAUUAGCUUCAGACCGUCUGGAUAAUUUACUUUGACGUGUUUUGCGGUUUCUUAGCAUCAUAUUCCGAAGUUUUCAUCCUACCGGCUAUUGUGAGCAGUGCAACAAGAGAAGGAACGCUUCAAAGAUAACGGUUCUUUUUGUCAGAUGCGAUGAAUCUGUGGUGCAGAGCCGUUUAUCACGGAGGGCAGUAAAAGUGGGAUUAUUGUCUGGAAGUGUCAAAAAUGCAGGAGCAUUUUCAUGACUGAUCGCCUAACGCUUAUCAGCAACUUCUAGCAGAACAGCGCUGUAAAGCAUUAGGGGUGUGUUCCAUUCAAAUGAGGUUGAAACAAGCCAGGGUAAUGCUUAUACCCAUUUUGACGCAAGCUGAUUAGUAAAAGUGCGGUAUCAUGGAGCAUUCUUAUUUUUCGGCUCUUGUUACUGAUACAAAUGCUAAAAAGGAAGACCAAGAUGACCCUUAUUCUAAAACAGGAGCAUUUCAACACCUUCAGAAACGCUGGGAAAGCAAGGUUGAGACAAGAGGCGCAUUGGCUGAAACAUUUCGGUGCAAGGACGACAAUGUACAUCCCAACCAAGAUCUCAACGAACAGGAGAGUGACUUAUUUCUGGGAGAGUAUGUCACAGACGAUACUAUCAAAUACUUCCCGGAGAGUUCGUUCCGCCCGAAGCUUCAGAUGGCCUACCAAGUACCUCCGGGCUCGUGUCCGAGGCGGGUGGCCGUCGAGAGGCGCCGCCGUCAGUUCCUCUCACAGGACAUCGGCCAGCUUCUGCAGGAGGCUGGCGUCGACACCGACCUGCUCACCCCGGACUUGAACUCGCCGACUGAUCCGUGCGCCGAGCGGCCACCGCCGCCCCGCAUCCUGCCAACUGUGACUCCUCUGGAGGAGGUGAUGGCUGGGAUGCUUGCUGAUGGUGGAGUGGAAGAAGAAGAAGACAUGUACAUAUCAGACGAGGAAGAAGAGGAAGAGGAAGAGUACUACAGUGGUGAAGAGCUGCCCGAGUUCGGAAGCGACGAGGAAGAUGAAUCCAACGUUGGCAGUGUGAAGCGACAGUCCAUGUAUGUUCCCAGACGAGGUAGUCGAAGGAAGUCGCAUAGGAAGUCCGUCAAACCACCGACCGGAGCCGAAAAAGAAAAGGAGGAAGAAGAAGAAGGGGCUGGUGUCGCCGACGAAAGGGAAGGUUCAGCCAAGAGCAAGAGCUCCGACAGCAAGGAAGGUUCAGUUAAGAGCAAAAGUGAUAGUAAAGGUAGUUCUGGUGGAAGCAAGCGAUCAAGCAAAGAAGGCUCAAGUCAGAGUGGUAGCAAACAAGGCUCCGCGAAGAGCUCUGGUUCUAGCAGAGAUGGGUCUGCGAAGGAGAAGAUCAAGGACAGUAAGACAGCGAGCCGUGAGGGCUCCGCAAAAAGCAAGCAUUCCAGUUCAUCAGGAUCAGCAAAAAGCAAGCAUUCUGGAUCAGGAGGUUCUGCUAAAAGUAAAGGGAGUAAGAGUUCUGGCGAGGGAUCAAGUGGUCGAGGAUCUGCAGACAAGGAAGCACUGGCCUCAGACGAAACUGGUGAGAAAGAAGGAAAGGGUCGCACCAGGGGAAAGUCUAUUCUGAAGAAGAGAAAAGAGUCGCAUGGCUCCUCCCUCAUCCGUAGAGCCCCAACUCCGAAACGAUUCUCGGUUGGCAAGAAUUUGGCCAUCGAGGUGUACACGAUGACCAGGGACGAUCCACUGCGCAAGUCACUUGCUGUUGAGGAGCUCGGCAAGGAACAUCCAAAACCUCCAUCGGCCGGUCCCGAAGAGCAGUCCGAGAGAGCCGAGCUAAGUCCGGCCCUCGAUGAAGGCGUUGUAGAAAACUUAAGCGACAUCAGUGAAAGCGAUAUCGACAGCCUGGAGGAGUUUCUUGGACUACGACGCAUGCAGGCGCUAGACCUGGAGCCGGACGCGAACGCUCGUACGGCACGCACACUGCCUCUGCACUGGUUCGACGACACCUCCUUCGACGACAGGCUGCCAGAGGAGUGGCUGACCAUCGCUGUCGAGAACGGCUUCCAGCACCCAGUGCCGGUCAUGGCGUUCCUGCCGAAGGAGAAACAGUCGCGUCGGCUCUCUAUGGUCGUCGACCCGCUGUCCAAGGCGCUGACGGCUCGACACAUCAUCUUCACCCUAUCGUCGGGACCGCACGUCUGGACGCCGGCGGCAGUCAUCGGCUACCACCCGGCGCGAGCCCUCUACAUGCUGAGGCGCAUCGACGUCCGCGAGUACUUCCUGUUGCCGCGCAUCUAUGUCAUGUUCUGCGCGGAGGACCCGGCCAGGUUCUGUGAGCGCGUCCAGGCCGCUGUCCGUCUGCGUCAGAUCAUGCAGGACCUGCUGCGGUAUCACCUCUACGUGGACUGCAUGCCCACCUCCUUCCUUGGUCAGCUCAACAUCGAACAGGUGGGUAGAAUAUCUCAUGAUCGCUGCGUCGUGCGAUGCUAAAAAGGGGCGCUUUACCACUGUUUAGCUGUUUCUAUGAAGUUGGAAAUACAUGUGAUUAAGUCACCUAUUAGAA